AGGCGUUCAGUCAUAGGCAAAACUUGCAAUUAGAAACAUCUACGUCUAGUGGGCAUAUAAUUCGCCGUCAAAUGAAUCACUCUCCACGCCGUAUACUAUACGGACUUACGCUGCUGCUGCUGCAUCUGGCACAUAAUGGAUCGGCAGCGCCAGGGAAACUUCAGAGAGAUACAGACUUGAUCUCUGGAAGUCAGAGAGGCAGUGAAUAUAUUGAUAGAGUAAUGCGUCACGCAAAAGCAGCAGAGAUGGCGAGCUUCAUGAAUGAGAGCUACGAUCCGUGUGACGAUUUCUACGAAUUUGCCUGUGGCAAUUGGCCUAGGGUUAAUGGGGUCAGAGCCAACAAAUUAUCUACUGGAUUCUUCGAGCGAUUGGCCGAUGGCCUUAAUCGCAAAGUGAAACAUAUGCUUGACACAGAGAAUAAGCAACUGGACACCGAAGAGGACAAGCAAGUGAGAAAUUUUUACAAAUCCUGCACAGCCAUUACUGCCAUCGAUGAAACCUAUCGCAACAAAUUGAAGGAAGUAAUUAGCAGCUUCGGAGCGAUGCCAGCUCUAGAAGGAAGUAAAUGGAAUGAGUCGGAAUUUGAUUGGAUUGAAACAAUUGGCCAAAUCGCUUUCACCUAUGGUCAGACGAUCAUAAUUGGUGUUGAGGUUGCCACUGACUUGGCCAACAAUAAAGUGAACAUGGUGUACGUUUCUCAACAGGCGUUUCCUCUCGAGGUGCGUGGAAUGUAUUUAAACAAACACACGGAAAUCUAUCGCUCAAAGUAUCGCGACCUCAUGGCGAAAUAUCUCAACUACUAUCUGAACAUAGACAGAAAAUUAGCAUACUCAACGGCCACGGAACUGAUGGACUUUGAGGUGGAGCUGGCCAAAGGACUGAACAGUGAAAACGAGGUCUUGGACUUAGAAAAGGAAUCAAACCUGACAACUAUUGCCGAGAUGCAGAAACUCUAUGGACCCACACUAGACAUACAGCGCUUGGUUAAUAUAUCCCUAGACCAGAAGAUAACCUCAGUUUAUGACCUUCUUCCGCAGUAUAAAAUCAAUCUUGUCAAAGUUAUUCAACGCACUCCGAAACGAAUUUUGGCCAACUACAUCUUCUAUAGGUUGCUUGAUGCGCUUAUGCUAGACGUGGGAGCCACAGAGUCACGACGAAAGAGCAAUUGUCGAUCCAUGACUCACAAAUACUUUGCCAAGUUCUUGGACAACAUGGUCUACAGGCGGCAUAAUAACGGCGACACUGCCGCUGAUGUGGAGCUCAUGUGGAACGAGAUGCAAAAGACUUUCAAAGAGAAACUGCAGUCAAAUGCAUUUUUGAAAUGGAUAAGUCCACAAACCAGAGAAUUGGCCGUUAAAAAGAUGACAGCAAUGAAGCUGGAAAUUAACUCGUAUGCUAACCAAGAUCUUUCCAAGGAGUUCGAUAAUAUUCAUGUGUCCGAGCAUGACUACAUUGAGAAUCUAUUGCACAUAUUUAAGGAUGCCGCAUCUACUUCAAGGCAGCAAAUCAAUAAGCCUGCCAAACCUCUGGAGGAUGGCGAGUUGCUAAGUUUCACGCCGGCCAACAUCCUGGUGGAGAACGUCGUCAAGGUGCCAGUGGCAGUGUUGCAGCCCUAUUACUUGUGGGCUUCCAGUUAUCCCAAUGCCAUAAAGUUUGGCACUUUGGCGGCACUCAUUGGACACGAGAUCAUCCAUGGAUUCGAUAUCAGUGGCAGCAAGUUCGAUGCUCAGGGCAAUCUCAAUGACUGGUGGGACGAGGUGUCCAGAAAUAAUUUUGCCAUUCGUCAUCAAUGCUUUAAGGAACAAUACAGUAAUUAUUCAUAUUACGGCAAAAAGCUGCCUGAGUCAGAUGAGCAGUCGGAGAAUAUCGCGGACAACGGCGGAGUGCGACUUGCUUUUGAUGCCUAUCGCAGGUGGCAGCAAGCACAGGAUUCCUCGCUCAACGAUCCUGGAAGCAGAUUAAGCCACAAGGAGACGCUGCCCACUCUGAAUUACACCAGCAUGCAGCUGUUCUUUAUUAGCUAUGCACAAGUCUGGUGCUCUGAUAUCGAUCCAAAGCUAAGCAUUAUACAAGUGGACACGGAUCAGCAUGUCCCAAGCAAGUUCCGUGUGCUUGGACCACUUUCCAAUUUUGUUGAGUUCUCCAAGGAGUUCCAAUGCGCUCUUGGCACAAAGAUGAACCCAGUUCGCAAGUGCGAGAUCUACUAAAUAGCCGCCGUCUCUAAAUUGUUUAAUCACCAAAAAACCUAUGUAGUUAAAAUAUAAUUUUCAAAUAAUAACAAAAGCUUAUCACAGA